AUGGCGCAUGCUCCUUUCGCAAAGGCGGUUCUGCUUGUGGUCGGGGUUGUCAUGCAAGGAUUCGAUAUUGUGGCCGGAGGUCAGCUAGCUGCUUUGCCGGAAUUUCAACGACGAUUUGGAUAUUCGCAGCCAGACGGUUCCUUCCUAAUUCCUGCUCACUACCUUUCCGCUUGGAGCUCGAUCGCUCCUGCAUGCGAAAUAGUUGCCACCUUUAUCUUCGCUCCACUGCUUGAGAGGUUCGGGCGGAAACCAGGAAUUUUAGUUGCCUCCAUCAUUUCCACCGCAGGUGUCAUUCUCCAGCAGCUGGCAACUGAUUGGCGUGUGCACCUGGCUGGUCGAGGUGUCAAUGGUAUCGCGAUUGGGAUUAUGUUCACCAUCUCUCCACUAUGGAUUGGUGAAACUUGUCGACCGGAACUUCGGGGUUUCUUCCUGUGUUUUUUCAAUACUAGCAUUGUCUUCGGACAGUUUGCAAUAGCCGUGGUGGCUAGGGGCAGUAGUCACUUAAGUGGCAAAUGGCAAUGGUGGUUACCGAUAGUGGCAAUGUAUUUCUUUCCGGCUAUUCUCCUAUCUGGUUGGUUCUUCUUUCCCGAGUCUCCGUACUGGCUGGUGCGGCAGAGAAAGAACAGAGAGGCCCUGAUAUCUCUCCAGACAAUAUACGGCUUCAAGAAUGAGGCAUUCUAUACAGCAGAAGUUCGCCGAAUGGAGUCGGAAAACGAAAGAGAGAUUUCCACCCGUGAUAGCCGCGCUGAGGGCUCCUACAGGUUUCUCGGCAUCGAUGUGUCUACUGAAGCUGAAUGCUUUAACCGCGCUAAUCUCAAGAGGACCCUUACUGCAGUUUUUGCCGCUAGCGGACAGCAGAUGAUUGGAGCCACCUUCGUUAUCGGCUACGCAACAUAUUUCUUGGAAUUGAUUGGGAUAAAAGAUUACUUCGAUGCGUCCGUUGCCCUUUAUGUGGUGAUGUUGCUAUCUAGCAUGCUAGCCUUUCCUCUGUCCGAAACCGUCGGUCGGCGAACGAUGAUAGUGAAUCCUCAAUUUUUUCUGUGCUUCGCACUUUUACUAAUUGGUCUUUUGGGUUGCAUCCCAAACCCAGAGAAAGCAAGCUGGGGUAUUGUUGUCCUCAUUUAUAUCUGGGCGAUCAUAUAUCAGCUUUCCAUUGGAGCCGUAGGCUUUGUGUUGGCUUCGGAAAUUGCUACAGCUCGCCUGCGAAGUACGACUCAAGGCCUCGUCACCAUCACCAACGCGUUGUGGGGGCUCAUCAUGCAGUUUACAGUCCCAUACAUGAUUAGUACUGAUGCAGGCCACCUGGGCGGUAAAGUUGGAUUUAUCUUCUUCGUGACAGGGUCGAUCGCAGCCACUGGGGGAUGGUACCUCUAUCCUGAGACUAAGGGUAUUUCCUUUGAAAAGAUGGACGAGCUUUACGCAAGCAAGACCGCUCCUCGACUCUUCAGCCGAGCCGUGGCCGCCGCGCAGGGUGACAUAACGCCCCAUACAUCCAAGGUAGAAGGAGUCUCUGAGCAUGUAGAGGUGACCAACUUCUCUUCGUGAUGGGAAAGGGUUUCACGUCAGGAGCAUAUCAGGUAUUCUUUGAUUUAUCUAAAUUCUGCCGCAUUGGACUAUCGUUUCUUGUGUUCUGCUCUCCUUUGAAAUGUGGUGCUCUUGCAACAAGGUUUUAUGGGUGAAGAACAAGACCCCGUCAGUGAGAGAGAGGAAGGGGGGUUAUUUGUACGGUUGAUAUAGGCAUAUUUUGGUCGAAUUUUCUGUCUCAGCGUAACAUAA